AUGUCUUUAUCAAAUCAAAUAUAUAGUUUAUUAAGAACAUAAGAAACAUACAAAUAAAUUAAGCAAUAUGUGGAAAGGGUCGGCAAUAAAGAUUAGUAAGAUCUUGCAUGAUUUUUAGGGCAGUUUAUUAACCAAUCUGUGAUGCAAUUAUAUAGGCUCUUAAGAUAAAGGAGCCUGUUUUGAAUUUAAUGGCUUCAAGGUUAGGUAAAGAAGCAGUAGAUCAACGUAAUGUGGAAUUUAACACAAUGUUUUCAGAAAUUUGUUUACCCUAUUAUGAAAAGAUUGCUGAAUUUAAGAAAGAUGAUCAUAGUGAUGAUAGAGGAAAGCAUUAUUUCUCAGAAAAUCCAGAUAAAAAUCAAUCCUCUUAUGGGAAUAGUUUUUUGAGGCUUAUUUUAGAGAGUAUAGAAGCUUGGGCAAAAAUAUAUACUUGUAAGAGUGAUUAAGUCACAUAUACUCCUUUUUUUCUAUCAUAUGCUAGACUUGUAGUGAAAAAAAUAAAAUUUCCAGAUGAAUUUAAAUAUUACAAGAAGGAAGAAGUGGAUAAGAAUACAACUUCAAUGUUUAAAACACACUAAAAAAAUAUACCAUAAGUUUUGGAAGAUAAUAAAUCAAUUCCAAAAUCAUAACCAUCUUAAUUGAAUUAAUAAGAUUAACCAUAUAAAUAGGUUUAACCAACUUAGCCUAUAUAGGUGUAGAAGAUCUAAAAUAUACCUACUCCUGAUAAUGAAACUUAAAAGGAAAUUAAUUAAAGUGCUUAACUAUUGAUAAAUUUAUAUAGCCAAUUAAAAACUUAAUUAAUAGAGAAGGCUUUAAGUUUGGAUUUUAAAGCUACAGGUUAAUAUAUAAAAGAUUUGAAUUAAGUUAACCAAAGUUUAUAUCAUUUAAUGGAAAAGAUUGAUAAUAAAGUGGAGGAAUUAUUAAGUUAAGAUGAUGAAGAUAGUUCAUUAGAACUAUUGAAUGUUUAAGAUGAAAUAAAGAUUCUAUGUUAAUACUUUUAAAAGUUAUAAAAAGAUGAAUUGACUCCAUAAUAAUAUAGAAAUAAAUUUGAGAAAUACAAAUAACCAGUUCCAAAAUAACAGAAAGGAAAUUUAUAAUCUAUUUAUGAAGAGACUGAAAAUUCUUAGUCAUCAAUGCAAUUUGGUAGAGUAGAUAAGAAGUUUGUACCAAAUACCAACAUUGACAGUCUUGGAUUGCAGUAUAAUGCUGAAUAAAUAAUGCAAGAUUUUUAAAUCCAAUUAAGUGGUAUAACAGAACAAUAUGAAAAAGAAAAAUAAUUGAGAUAAUAGGAACAUGAGUAGGAAAUAACAAAUUUGAAACGUUAAAUCUAAGAAAUAAAUUAGGUUAGAAACAUAUAAGAGAAUCAAAUAUAGGAGUUAAAAAGAAAAGAGAUUCGAUACAAAGAAAUAGAAUAACAGUAUAUAGAUAUUUAAAAACAAAAAAAUAAUUCAUCUUAAUCAUCAGAUGAAGUCAAAAAAAUUAACACUACUUUAACUGAUUAAAUAAAAGCAUUAAAAUUAUAAAAUGAAUAAUUGUAGAAUUAAAAAGAAAGAGAUAGGAAUGAUAUAGAUAAAAUGAAAACUCAUAUAGCAGAUUUAAAAGAGGAAAAUGAUUCAUAGAAAACUGAAAUAGAAAAACUAAAGAAAUAAUUAUAUAUUGAAAAAAAUUAAAUAACUAGUAGAUUAUAAUAAUAAGAAGAAAAUUAUAAAUAAGAAAAAAGAUAACUUUAAGAAUAAAUUAAAUUUUCAUCAUAUACUGAUAAUCAUAAUUUAGAUAAGACUCCUAGUAAGGAAAUUUCUGAUCUAUAAAAAAGAUUAGAGAAUGAGAAAACGAGAUCUGCAAAUUUGAUUCAUGAAGUUAAUAAUAAAAGUGAAUAAAUAAAAAUAUUUGAGCAGGAACUUAAAAAUAAAUAAAUGGAAUUAGAAUAAUUAAGAGCUGAAUAAAAUAUUUAAUUUACUGCUUUAGAUAUUUAAGUCCAAUAAAAACAUUAAGCAGAAAUUCAAAAUUAUAAAUAAUUACUUUUAUCUUUAGAAACAUCAAAAAAGAUAGAAGAAAAUUCUUUUAAAGAGAGACUUAAUCUUCUUGAACAAAAAUUAAAAAUUUCAUUUAGUGAGAAUGAGAAACUUAGAAAUGAAUCUUCUAUUCUAAAGAACAAAAUCUAAGAAUUAAAUUAAUAAUUAGAAUAAUAGAAAAUAUAAUAGAAAUAGGAACAAAUCUAAAUUGAACCUUAAUAACAAUUAUUUAAUAAUAAACUUGAUUUGUCUAAGAUUAAGGAAACUGGUUUUGAAUAUGUAUAAGUUUAAUCCCCUGAAUCAAUUUCAAGUAAAUAAAACUUUUCAUAAGCUAUUUAUCCAGUAAGUGCAAAAAAAUAAGAAAAACCUUUAAGUAGUAUUCCAUAUUCUGGUUAUUAACACUUUUAAAAUUUAUAAGUUGAUUUUAUUGAAAAUACAAAGAAUUUAUUUAUAAGAACAUUAUAAAUUAAGGUACUUGCAUAAAGUGAUAUUAUAUAUCCAUAUCUUACAGCAGAAGAAUAUUAUGAAAAGAAGAUUUAACCUCAUAAAGGAAUUGUUAUUUAAUUUAAAAGGAUUAUACCAAAUUUAGUUGGUAAUCAAAAUAAUUUGAUACUAUAUAAAAUGUAUCAUCUAAAUAAAAUAAAUAAUACAAUUUUUGUUGAUAAUUAAGAUCUAAAAAUAGCAGCAUUAAAAUAUAUACAAAAAAAUGGGUCAAAUUAUUAUAUCAAUUAUGGUUUAUAUUUUAAAACAGAUUUAUAAAAUUUGAAUUUAAAAGCUUAUAUGAAGAAUUUCAUGAAUUUUGAAACUAUUUGGGCAUCUUAAUUAGAAAUUUAAUAAAAUUUAUAAAAAAAGUAACAAAUACUUUUGGAAGUUAGUAUUAAAUUACAAUAAUCAGAAAUAUUUGAAACUCCAUUAUUGGAAGUUAAUUAUAAGUAAAUAAUAUGAUAUUUAUAAUUUAGUAAUAAGAUAUAAUAGGUAUUAUUGCCUUUACAAAUUCUAAGUUUAAUUCAAUAUCAUAAAAUAAGUAAAAUUGGAUAUCAAAGAAAGUGGAAAAAUUCUAAGAUAUAUAGAUCGGAAGUAUUUGAAUACAACACAUUAAUAUUAUCUAAUCAUAAAGAUAUCACUAAAUUUAAUGAAUCUUUUUCUAUUACAAAUCCAGAAAAAGUUGAUAGUUAUAUUUAAGGUUUGGAUGAAAUUAAAUAUUUUGCUUAAUUUUCAUUUUAAUAUUAUAAUAUAGAUGGAAUAAUCAAAUUUGAAUUAAUGCCUAAUUAGAAAAUGAUUAUUUUUAUAGGAUUAGAGAAUUAUAAAUAAAAUUCUUUAAUUUAGAAAUUGAUAAAUGCAUUUUAAGAUAUUUUUACCUGA